AUGAUUCUCAGCGGCGUCGAAAUCGUCACCCGCCACCUGGUCCGCAACCUGCGACACGUCGCCCAGCAGCAGCAGCCAUGCGGCGUCGACCUCACUCUCCGCCAGGUUUCCAAAUGGACCUCAGCGGCCACGAUUGACUUUGACAAUACCAAGCGCCAGGCGGCCAAAAUUUCGAACCUGCCCUUUGACCGUGCCAGCCACACGAUUACCCUGCAACCGGGGGCCUACUUGAUUGAUUUCAACGAGACGGUGCAGGUGCCGCGGAAUUGCAUGGCGAGUGUUUUUGUGAGGUCGUCGUUGUGGCGGUCUGGGGUGGGAAUGGUCACUGGUGUGGUUGAUGCGGGAUAUGAAGGUGCUAUGGGCGCGUUGUUGGAUGUGAGGAAUCCUAAUGGUGUUGUGUUUUAUCGAGAUGCAAAGCUUGCGCAGAUUGUGUUUCAGGAAAUGGAGGGAAUGGUGGAGGGAUACAGUGGAAUCUAUCAGUCGUCACAAAGCAGUGUGGGAUGCAGUGGGACAGAAAAGGUGCAGUGUGAUACGCAUCCAGGUGCCGACAGCUCUACGACCAGGCCACCUAGUGUGCCUGGGCUCCGGGGUGAGCAAUCGUUAGUCUCGGGAUUAAGCUUGCCUGCACGGCACCCGCCAUCAAGUAAGCAACAUCAGCUCUCGAGACCUCGCAUCCAGUUUCUUCCAUCCCAUCAACUGUUUGAUCCGCCCUGUUCUCACCCCAUCGCUAUCGCAUUGACAUUUUCAUCACUUGCGCAUAUACCAAGUCGAAAUUGUUGUCCCAAUUGUCUUGAUUUCGAGCCUCAUACUGCUUGUUUACCCUUCUCAACCAACCUGUUCCAACUAUUUUGGCAAAAACUACAAACAUUCCCCGCUCUUGAGACGGAAGGGAAAGAAAACGCGUCAACCGCCAAAGCCGAAGAUCCCACCGAAGUAAACGGCAACGCAGCGCAACCCGCCGAGGAAAAAGAUACGCCUGAAGCGGACAGCGAAAAGGCCGCCGGCGACAAACGCGAUCACGACGAGGCUGGCCCUGCUGCGGAGGCGGAAACGUCUACUGGACAGCAGCCCCCAGGGAAGAAGCAAAAGACCAAAACACAAAAGGAGCCUGAGGCCGAAUCCGAGACAGUUGCCAACAAUGCAGAAGCCGCAAAUGGCGCGAAGAAGAGAGGACCCGGUCGGCCGAAAAAGGGCGAAGCGAAGAAACCCCAGAAGACGCCGACGCCAAGGAGUGCCGAUGGCAUUGGAAGCAGGACUCGAAGCCGAACCAAGGCUUGA